AGACCGAGGACCGGACAUGACCAGUAACGCCGAGGAAACCCAGCCGAUCACCGCCCCUAUGGACCAGAGUACCAGCUGGAUUUACAAGUUGAGGAAGGAAGAACUUGAGGUGGAAUUGGAUAAAUUCCAUCUUCGCAGGGAUGGGACGGUAGACGAGAUGAGGAAAAGGUUGGCCAAGUUCAUCAAGAAUGGCCAAGCGACCCCAAACCCAACUAUCCACUUGGCACCACCUGUUUUCCCGACACCACCGCCGCAGAAUACUCCCAGCCACGCCGACCCCGUGGACUUACAUAAGUAUGGAGUGAGCUUCGAUGGACUACAAGAUCCGGCUGCAUUCUUAGAAAGGAUAGAAGAAGUCCGUCACCAACUUAACCUAGAUCCAGAAAGGAUAUUGGCAGGCCUACCGCAAAUCUUGACCGGAGAUGCUUCCCUAUGGUUCAGGAACAAUAAACGCAGCCUCACUACGUGGUCUGCUUUCACCGAAGCUUUCAGGACUUUCUAUUUUCCGACCGACUAUUACAUUACCCUGGAGGAGGACAUCCGCCGACGCCAGCAACAACCCAACGAGGCCGUUACAAAAUAUAUAACCGACCUCCAGACUAUGAUGAGGAGACACGGAGGGUACAGCGAAAUUCAAGAAUUGUCCUUACUUCAGAGAAACCUGCUACCUGACUACCGCCAAAUGCUCUGGGGCCAAGACGUCCAAGAUAUACCCACAUUCCUGAGAAAAGUCCGGGAAAUAGAGACUCUCAAGAUGGAAAUCCGCCGCCAGAAUGACCCGUCGACAACCGGAGAGUCCGUGAGAAGAUCACCGGCAUCAACAGGAGCACGAGCGACAUAUCCUGCAAAACAAGAACAUCCGGCCAGAUCUCCGACUUGUUGGAAAUGCGGACAAACCGGCCACUUAAGAGGAGAUUGUAGGAACCGAGCAGUCGGGAAACUAAGUAGGGAAAGGUUUGCUACGAGGCCAUGCCCGACCCCUGUUCCCUCCGCCUCGUGUGCCGUCACCGAACACCAGGGAGACCGCCGUCCUCACCUCAAUGUCGGGAUAUUUGGGAAGGUGUUCCGAGCUCUUUUGGACACUGGAGCCUCCAGAUCGUACUUCGGGGACACCGUUAUGGAACUGUGCAAGGCCAAAAGACUGCCUACAACCCAGGAACGGAUACCGAACGCCCUGCUAGCUGACGGAAGUAUAGCAAAAAUACCGUUGUCCGUCAAGCUUCCGCUCAGCAUCCAAGGAGAAUCGUACGAGAUGCCCCUGAUGUACUUGCCGGGGCUGAGUCAUGAUGUCCUUCUGGGGAUGGAUUUCCUUAUUCCGAACAAGGUACAAAUAUUUCCGGCCGCCGAUGAAAUUAUGAUCAACGGAAAACCGCUACCGACCCAGUCUCUUAACACUAUUGCUGAGAGGCCGACGGGAUCCCACUUGGAGCUGACACCGAGGGAGCAGCAACAACUACAAGAAUUCUUAACGACGGAAUUAGCCAAGUUCAAGGACAUCAAAGGAACAACACCGCUAGUGGAACACAAAAUACAUCUCCUAAAGAAAGAACCGAUAAAACAGCGUUACCGGCCCCAAAAUCCCAAAAUGCAGCAGCUCAUCAACCAGGAGGUAGACCGAAUGCUGGCUGAAGGAAUCAUCGAGCCAUCAAACAGCCCUUGGAGCAGCCCGGUCGUUAUUGUGAAGAAGAAAGAUGGAAACCCCCGAUUUUGCAUCGACUUUCGUCAGAUUCCGUUGGCAGAAGAAUGUCGACCAAUUACCGCUUUCACUGUACCAUCUAGGGGUUUGUUCCAGUUCAAAGUUAUGCCCUUCGGAUUACACUCAGCGGCCGCAACGUUCCAACGACUAUUGGAUACCAUCAUCGGACCGGAUAUGGAACCCCGAGCAUUUGCAUACCUGGAUGAUAUCAUCGUCUUGGGUAAAACAUUCGAGGAGCAUUUAGAAAACCUACGAGAAGUAUUUCGCCGACUUCGAGAGGCCAACCUACAGCUUAACCCAGAGCAGUGCGAAUUAAUCCGUGUGACCGCAUCCGGGGCUCCAGCCUGGUCACCCGGAAAGUGA